GAGGAAGAUACGUAUAAAGAAAAAGAUAUUUAUGCAUUUGGGGUCUUUGUUGUUUCAACGACAUUUCUGUAAAAUUAGGGUUUCAUUCAACUUUGCGCUUCUCCUUUUGGGACUUUGAUAUUGGGCUGAAAGAGAAUAAAAGUGAUUUGACAAGAUUUUGUUUGAUUUUGGUAGUCAUUUAAGUUGCGGUGAUUCGAAUUUAUAAAGAUUUGAUAUUUGGGUUUUGAGGUGAAGGGUUUUGGGGAAUUUAGGGAAUUUCUUUUGGGGGUUUUUGAGGUCAACUUUCGAGGGGUUUUCGAGGUCAAUUUUUGUUUGACUAUGCCAACUUCAUGGGCUGAUUCUGUUGCUGCUGCUGAUAACGCGGCGGCGGCUGCUGGUGCGUCUUCUGGUGGUGGUCGGUCUGCUUAUGUUCCGCCCCAUCUUCGUAACAGGCCGCCACCUUCGUCUGAACCACCUGUUUUGGCUCACGGUGGUCCAAGUUCUGGUAAUAUCGCGCCAGCUGGGAAUCGUUGGGCUGCGCCCAGGAAUGAUUAUGGGAGGUCUGGGUAUAGUUCUGGUGGUGGUGGUGGUGGUGGUCGUGGGGGUGGCUGGAAUAAUAGGAGUGGUGGCUGGGACCGUGGGAGUGGGAGGGAUCGAGAAGUUAACCCAUUUGGUGAUGAUGAAGGUGCUGACGUUGAACCUGUAGAGCAGGAGAAUACCGGGAUUAAUUUUGAUGCUUAUGAAGAUAUUCCUGUGGAGACGAGCGGGGAUAAUGUGCCGCCUCCGGUUAAUACAUUUGCAGAAAUUGACUUGGGUGAUGCCCUCAACAAAAAUAUUCGGAGAUGCAAGUAUGUCAAGCCUACCCCUGUGCAACGGUAUGCCAUACCGAUCUCUCUUGCAAACCGGGAUUUAAUGGCUUGUGCUCAGACUGGGUCUGGGAAGACGGCUGCUUUCUGCUUUCCAAUUAUCAGUGGAAUUAUGACAGGUCAGUUUCCACCGAGAGCGCCACAUAUGUCACGGACAGCGUGUCCACUGGCUUUAAUUUUGUCCCCGACAAGAGAGUUAUCAAUCCAAAUUCACAAUGAAGCACGGAAGUUUGCAUAUCAAACCGGUGUUAAAGUAGUUGUUGCUUAUGGAGGUGCUCCUAUUAAUCAACAGCUUCGAGAACUUGAAAGAGGUGUUGACAUUCUUGUCGCAACUCCUGGAAGGUUGGUGGAUCUGCUUGAGAGGGCAAGAGUAUCAUUACAGAUGAUCAAAUAUUUAGCUCUUGAUGAAGCAGAUCGGAUGCUGGACAUGGGUUUCGAGCCUCAGAUUAGGAAUAUUGUGCAGCAAAUGGAUAUGCCGCCUCCGGGUGUAAGGCAAACAAUGCUAUUCAGUGCCACUUUUCCCAAAGAGAUACAGAGACUGGCAUCAGAUUUUUUAGCAGGUUAUAUCUUUUUGGCUGUUGGAAGGGUCGGUUCAAGUACCGAUUUAAUAGUCCAGAGAGUUGAAUAUGUUCAAGAGACGGACAAAAGAAGCCAUCUGAUGGAUCUGCUUCAUGCACAAAGGGCAAAUGGUACUCAUGGGAAGCAAGCUCUGACUUUGGUUUUUGUGGAAACAAAGAAAGGUGCUGACUCAUUGGAAUAUUGGUUGUGCAGUAAUGGUUUCCCUGCUACUACUAUUCAUGGUGAUAGAUCACAGCAGGAAAGAGAACAAGCAUUGAGAUCAUUUAAAAGUGGUCAUACCCCAAUUUUAGUUGCCACUGAUGUGGCAGCACGUGGUCUUGAUAUUCCACAUGUUGCACACGUGGUCAAUUUUGACCUUCCGAAUGACAUUGAUGAUUAUGUCCACCGUAUAGGGCGAACUGGACGAGCUGGAAAAUCAGGACUCGCCACAGCAUUUUUCAACGAGAAUAACUCUUCAAUGGCAAGGUCACUAUCUGAACUAAUGCAAGAGGCAAAUCAGGAGGUUCCUGCAUGGCUAGCUCGCUUUGCAACCCGAGCCUCGUUUGGAGGGAAAAACCGGCGUGGAGGAGGUCGAUUUGGUGGUCGUGAUUUUCGAAGGGACAACUCUUACAGCAGGGGAGGUUCAGAUUAUUAUGGUGCUGGCAACAUGAGCAGUGGGUAUGGUGCUCCUAGUGGUGGAUACGGUGGAGCAUAUGGUUCUGGGGUGACCAGCGCCUGGGACUGACAUCUCAAAUUAUAUCAUAUUCGUCCUGGAUUUUCUGCGAUAUAUAGCAUUCCAUUUACAUUAGAAAUUUUACAUUAGGACAGACAGCUCUAUCUAUGGGGUUUCGUCCAUUUACAACUGUUUGAAGAUCCCCUUUCUGUGGUCUAAAAAUUCUUAGAAUAUCUGCUUGUGGAGUCUGGGGAUUUAUGAUAUUAGUAGAAAUGCGCAGGGUAGGAAUAUUUGGCGUUGGCAAGCUGUAACAUAUUUUCUGAAAUUAGGUUAUCUUUACCAUAUCUUUGUGAAAUGUGGUAGGAGAAUAGUUCAUAUGGUUGAUGGCUUUUGCUUAGACUUGUA